AAAACUUGAAUCCAGUUUCACCGAAAAUAAGCUGACAUUUUCAGAGUUCAGUUUGGCGUGGCUUCCCAGUCGGCGUUUUCUCGAGCACAGCCUUUUUUCCUUCCCGCGACUUAAGGAGGACCGAGGUACGUGCUCGUGGAAGUCAUUGUUUGGGAGGGAAUCCCAUAUUCCCGAUCAGCGGCUUUUUAUUGAGUCGAAGUUUAUUCAGUCAAUGACAUCCGAAAUAAUCUUGUACAUGGUUUACGCCGAUGGCUUCAAAAUUCUCGAAUGGCUCUGGGAACCCUAGAAUGUACAUGUGCUUGAAAGAUGCAUUAGCACGUGCUUGCUUCCACAUGCUCCUUCUUGUUUUGUGCAUUGCAUGUUAUGAGUCAUUGUUAGACUUGGGCAUCCUUUGACGAGAAAUUUUAGCUGUGAUCUUUCUCUGAAAUUCCAUUUUUCUUUUUUUCGUUUUCUGAUGUUUUAACGUCAUUUCUUUUCAACUUCCGUUUCCAAACUCCUAAGAAUAUAUUGGUCUUGUUUUCGUUAAGACUUUUACUGAGGUUUAGUUUCUUUGCCUAAUCAGGCCCUAAGGAAAAUUAUCCUUUGAAACAACGGCUUAGGCGUGAAAUACAAAAGGGAACCGUUUGCUUAUUAAGGAAUUUCAAGAAAUUUUUGCGAGACCCACCAUUGAUGACGUAUUUGCUCAAAUUUUACGUCAGUGUGGCAAUUCCAUCCGAUCAAUUGUUCCUCGUUUUCAAGCGACAAUCACAUAAUAUAUUUGUUUAUUUUACGCUCAUUAAAUAGUUUCUUUUGCUUAUUUUUAGAAUAUCAGGAAUUCCAUUUGGCAUCUGUGUGUUGCAGAAGUUAAAAGGCAGGAAAUUAGGAGUAAUUAACAAAAAGCAAAACCAAACAAACGUAAUCGGAACAAACAGGAGUUUCGGGUGCGGUAAAGAACAAAUUUUCAACUAAUUGCCCGGUAAUCCUUUUUAAGAUUGCGAUGAAAAUUGUACGUCAACUUUGUUAACAUCUUCGAAAGAUCGAGUACUUCUUGGAGCAAAAAAGUAAUGUUUUUGAAGAGCGAUAUUCAAUCAGUGUUCUAACAAGUGAACCCCCACGAUAAGUCUCGCUCAUGCGGAAAAGAAUCGAAAUGAGCGAGGAAUGACAUAGAACAGAACAUCAGUGGUCGGCGUCCUUGAAAAUAUUCUGAAUGAUUGUGGGUGUCAUUUGUGAAUGAUUUAUUAAAGCUUUAGAAUUAAAAGUAAAUACACUGACUUUCAGGCGGUGAGUUAAUUCAGUUCUUCAUUGUCGUGUGUGAACAUGCGACCUGAGCAGGAUUAAAGUUUCUUUUAUUACCAUUGGUGAAGAUAAUGGAGGGCCCCCUCAACAGCCGUCGCACAGAGAGACUUUGCGAACUGAGGUGCUACUAAAUUGAUUGACAUUUUUACCCGAUGAAACAAGAUCGUUAUCGAUAUUCGAUAAAACACUGUUGUUUGUUGACGUGCUAUAUGACAUAAAAAACGCGCGGAGACCUGGAACGGGCUUGAUUGAUUGCUCCACGCGACGAAUUCGAAAGGAGAAUUGAAAAGAUUUGAACUGCACAGUUUGAAUUUUGUAGGAGCAUUGGCCAGUAGCAGACAUCAACUUACCCACGACGUCAGACCAAGAAGAACAGCUUGGCAACUGAACACAAAGGAAGUGGUAAACUUGCACGGGAAGAGCCCAACUGUAAGAAAUGAAGCAACGGAACGGGCUGUAUAUGCUACUUCUGAGAUAUUUCGCAAUAUUAUCUGGAUGCAUUGUGGUGGCGUCCAACAGAGAACCGCACUCAAGAACACAAUUUGAAGAUAUCAGGCCCCACCUGGAGACACUGAAAACAGGAGGAAUAAAGAUUGGAAACUACUCAGUAUUGUCAGUUGACAUCAAGUAUAAUCACUUACUCGUGGGAGCAAGAGACAAUGCACUCCUAGUGGAUCUGGGAAACAUAAAUAGUGUUGAAUCUUGGGAUUUGACCACCCAAAGCCUUGGAUGUGAUAAAGGACAGGAUCCUUCAUGCCAUAACUAUGUGAAGUUAAUGCUGCCAUUUGAGGAGAGGAUAUUUAUCUGUCUGACAAGGGGCUGUAUCUGGAGAAAUAGGACGAAUUUGAAUGCAGCUCCAGGCAGAGAUAGUAAUCAGAAUGUGUUUAUAGCUGAUGAAAAUUAUUAUAGCACACCAAGUCAAAAUGACACGGGUGUUAUAACAGAAAAUGGGAGAGUCUUCACAGGAACAAUAAACUUGGGAACAAGAAUAUCCAUGAUUCAUGGUAAAAGUUUUAAGCCCAGAAUCAGUGAAGUGUCCACUGAUUUUACGUCUGAAAGUGACUUUUACUCUGAUGUACAUUUCGUCAAGAGUUUCAUCAUUGGGAAAUAUGUGUACAUCUUUUUUCGCGAGCGGACAAUGGAAUGUAAGAGCUGUGGAAAAUAUAAAGUCUCCAGGGUAGCACGUAUAUGUAAGGGUGACUAUGCUGGUCUGUCUAACCUCAGAAAGUACUUUAUAACUUAUCAGAAGGCCAAACUUGUUUGUUCUGAUGGAGGAGAAUAUCCAGUUUAUUUCAAUGAAAUUCAGGAUGUUUGGUGGGAUUCAGAAACCAACCUGUUUCAUGCAAUUUUCACCUCUCAUCCCAAUGGCCCGCCAUCAUCAGCCAUAUGUGUGUACAAUUUGGCGGAUGUCAAUGAUGUUUUUUACACGAGUCUUUUCGAUAGUAGAGAGGCAGGAAAUGGAAAGUGGGUGACGGUGGAGAACAAAUUCAAAGAGUAUUUUGACGGGUGCAAAGUAAACGAGAAGUACUUAAUUCCUAACCCCCGUCCAGUCCCAGACGGUAUGAUGGGAACAAAGAACAUGCUUUAUGACGUGUAUAAAAACCUCUCGCACGAUCCUCUCAUGCAUGAUCCAGUGCAACCCACCAGCCUCGACUCGGUUCAAAAGCAAGGAAACAAGGCCUGGUUUGUCAAAGAUGGGAUCAGGAUGACAGCCAUUGUUCUGGACAAAGUUGGUGAACACACUGUUGUAUACACAUCAACAGACCGAGGAUCUGUGCUUAAAAUUUCACAAGUUGCUGGCUCUCGUCAACCCUGCCUUCUCACCGAAAUCGACCUUUUUCCGAUCAACAGACAAGAAGUCAUAAAAGCUAUGACGAUUGAUCCAAAACAGCAUAUCCUGUACUUCGGCUCAGACACAGCUCUUACAAAGUUGAGGCUAGAGCAGUGUGGUAGUCACACACACCGCAGGUCCUGUAUAUCUGCUUCUGAUCCUUAUUGUGCAUGGAACAAGGAAACAAGGCGUUGUGUUUCAGUUUUAUCCUCCAGAGAUUCAAACAAAUUGAGGAAAGGCUCGAGUACUUGUCCAAAGACAACAGAACAAAUCGCAUGGUCCCCUUGGAAAACUUGUGAAGGCAGUGAUGGAAAUCUUUGUCGAUGUCAAUUUCGUCCCUGCCAGGACAGGCAAAACUCCUCCUGUCAGGGUGGAUAUGAGUUACGAUUUGAAAACUGCACAGUGAACGUUAUUGUCGGAUCUGAGAGAGAGGAAUGGGAGAAGUAUGGUGUGCAACACGGCAACUGGAGUGCAUGGGAUACUUGGACGGAUUGUGAAACAAAGCCAUGGGUUGGGGUAAGAAAGCGGACAAGAAACUGUACUAAUCCAGUCCCCAGGAGAGGAGGGAGACCGUGUGUAGGAGAGGCUGUGCAAUAUGAGUCCUGUAACUUGGGAAAACACGAGGUGGAAAAACGGCUGUUAACAAACCCAACAAGAUCUUUAAACCUAUCGGAAAACAAGGGUGUUCAUUUUGAAGUGAUCUUUAAAACCACUGGAUAUAACAUAUCUAACAUCAGUGUUGAAAUACUCAACAAGACAUUUGAUUGCGAGAAACAAAGAGAUCUCUGUGGAGAGGGAGAAUGGAAAGCCUGGCGCGAUUGGGGUCAGUGUUCUGGGGAAGGAUUUCAAAUAAGAAGAAGAGAUUGUAAAGUGGAGCCUUGUGUUGGGGAAAGGUUACAAGAAAGAAGCUGUGAACCAACUUCACCCAGCAACUGUAAAGGUGAACUCGACACUAAUAGCUGGGACGUGUGGUCUGUGUGCGAGUGUAAUCAUGAUCUAAAACUGCCUGACGGGAGUGGUGUCAGGUCUCGGCAACUUAAGUGCCGAAGGGACUGUCCCAACUCAGUGGAAUGUCCUAAUACCGUCCAGUACGGAACUUGCAAUUGUAGUACUGCAGUUUCCGGAAGGCGAACUGACUCGGAAGAGACUGGAGGAUCAAAGUUUGUAAGAGGUCUCGUAAUCGGGCUGUCAAUCGGCCUUGUGGUGAUCAUCUUGGUAGGACUGGGUAUUUAUUGCGUUAAACGAAAACAGAAGGAAGAAUCAACAUCAUACAGUGUUCCAAAAACUCCUGAACAUAGUCCUAGAAGUGAUUGUCACUACUCGCCAAUCAAUGGACAGAAUGGUGUAUCUACGAGAGGUCGUCCAUCCUCGGAAAGUCAGAGUAAAGAAAACAGCAGAAACACUAGGCAAAAUACGUGUUUAACGUUUAAAGGGUUUAUUCUGUGCAGAACAGAGCGUGCUCCGAGCGAAAGUGUAUAGCUUAGGGAAUUAGACGGAGAUUUUGUUUACAGAAAGGACCCGCCCUAGUGCACCUCGGUCAAGUCAACCUACGACUGUCAACUGUCGCGCAAUUUAUUUUCUGAAUUCGAUGGGCCGUCACUCCCACACAGACCUGUUUGUUGUUGCGCGAGAGGAGGGGGAAGGGGCAUCAGCCCACCCCACCCUUCCCUGGUUGGAGGACUAUCAAAUAUCACGGCUCAACGAAUUAGAUCAAAGAGUAGAGGUACUAUUCUCAGUUCAAAGCAGAUGUCGUCGAGCUUCAAUGCUUGGUUCAAGGGAAUGGAAAACGAGGCGUUUCCCCGCAGCUUUGGAAAAAAUACUUUGGUUGUGCAGUAUGAUUGCAAGUGGGUAAGUUACUCGCCUGCACGUUCCAGAUUUUGUGGGCAGGGUCGGAGAGGAACAAAGGAACGCGUUUUGAGCAAGCAAGGCUGCAUACUGGUGAAGCGUCUUCAAAAUAUAGUUAGACGGUUGUAAAUACUUUUAAUAUCUUUUGGAUUCCCUUCCCAUUUAUAGACUGGCUAGAGCGCAUGAUUCGUUUCAAAACUUAUCAACAUUUAUCAGCAAUUUGGUUUGAUGACGUCUCGAUAUUGCACGAUUAUUAAAACUGUUUUCCUACGGAAGACUUCAUUCCGCUCUAAACGGGCGUCAGUUUUAAGCUUUUUUUUUUUGCAAAAAAUUAAAUUUAGAUGGUGUACGAGAUAGUUCACCUUUGGGGAAAAACUGUAUAUCCUAUAUCGUUCGUGACAUAUCGUCCAAUGCGCAGCGUUUCAUAAAUACGUUAGUAAAGGAUUAUUCAUCUAUUUAUUGUGUAGAUAAACGUUUAACGUUUUUUUGGAAUUGGGGGAAGUCCAAAUUUCUCGCUUAAAUUCGUCAUGUGUAGCUAAUUCUAUAUAUGACCAUAAAUUGUUUUUAUAUUACAUAGCAUGUUGUCUAAUAAAAGAAAUAAAACGCUGGAGAAUGAAUAGCCAUUUUGCAUCUUCUAGUCACAUAACCUGUUCCACCCGGAAACAAAGGUGUAACUGACAAGAAGCUAAUUUUUAUUUUCGUUAAGCUGGGAAUCGGAUAAGGGGAAUUAAGAAAAGUCCUGUUUUGCUGCCUGCGAGCUAAGUGAAUCCGUGAGUUAAUGAGGAGAGAAUUCUCAUUAUUUUUCGCAUACGAUGCGAAAGUGAAUCCUAUGGAUUUGCUUAUUUCAUUCUAGAGAUUAUAUCUUCAGUAAAGUUUCCGCAAAGAUGAGUAAUCAUGAUUGAACAGUAUGGAAUCACAAAAAAUUAACUAGUUAGAUUGGAGGAGGUCGUGUGACUCCAAGGUGCAAAAUUGUAAUCUUUUGACUUUUUGUGUCUAUAUCUCUACAAAACAAUUCUCGUUUGUGUUAAUUAUAUUGAGGGGAGUUUAUUUUUUUAGAAAAGAAUUUGAUAAGGGAGCACUGUUGCAUUUAUGAUACUCAGAUAGAGGAGGUCUCUGGCGAAAACCAAGAUUGUUUUAAUCAUCUUUGUUUAAAAACCACGAUUAUCAGCUGUGGUCGUUAAACGCACUUUGCAGGCUUCCCGAUUGGGUUUGUAGUAAUUAUUAAGAACGUAGAAAUACCUGGUUCUACGCCGUCUAACUUUCGUCUCAACGAGGGUAGAGCUGGAAAUAAAAAGUAAGAAAUGUUCUUCUCUACGAUUAUCACAUUUAUUAUAGAUUUUUUUUCAUGUAAAGGAACCUCAUAACAUUGCUCACCGAAGGGAGAUAAAGUUUGAAUACGUAUGUAUUUAGGCUGUUUGAUCAUAGAAUUUGCCGUGUAUUCAGUUUAAGGCACUCCCCAAUCGAAACUGGAAUUUUUUUUACGUCUCCCAAAAAUCUCAUUUGAUUACUGUUAUCAACUGUUGUGUAUUAUUGAACGAAAAUUAAAGUUUACCGUAACUUGUCUCG